UUAUGUACAGGUGUACAAACGUUUAAAGAUAUAGAUACGAGAUACUUGCCUACUUUUACAAUCUAAUCUUUCAGUAGCUAAUUGUCGUUAAGAAUUUCAACGUGUUCAAUUAGUUUUUGAGAUAACUGAGUUCUUUGUUUAAAAGCUUCGGUUCGGUGGUUUAAUAUAGGUCUGGAAGCGCAUAACAUUCGAUUUCCAAAGAGACUUGUAAUUUUACCGGAUAAACCAAAAUGGACCUUCACAGUUUAAGUUUAAUAUUAUUGUUGGCAAUCGGUUCACAAGGAUCAUUACACGACUAUGAGGAAGACCAUAAUUUUUCAGGAAAAAAAUGGGUUGUUUUAGUGGCCGGUUUAGAUGGCUGGGAUAGUUAUGGGCUACAGGCGGAUGUGGCACAUGCUUACCAACUCGUCAGAAAAAAUGGAAUUCCCGAAGAAAAUAUCAUCGUGCUGAUGGCCAACGAUGUUGUAAAUCAUACAAAUAAUCCGGCACCAGGAACAUUGAUCAAUCGGCCCAACGGAAAAGAUGUUUACAAAGGUAUCAAUGUCGAUUACGCUGGUUCUAACUUAACAAAGGUUAACUUCUACAGAGUACUCAGAGGCGACAGACGUAUAAUGUCGGGAAUUGGAUCCGGCAGAGUAGUCGACAGUGGUCCACAUGAUACUAUUUUCAUUAACUUCCUCAGUGCAGGCAAUUCCGGCAUGUUGUUCUUCCCAGAUGACUAUCCAGUGUACGCUGACGAACUGAUCAGUAUUCUUGAAGAGAUGUACAUUCGCCAAAAAUAUGGAAAGAUAUUAUUGUACAUAUAUUCUUGUGCUUCGGGUUCAAUGUUUGACGGAUUACUCGAUGACGACAAAUCGAUUCUGGCUAUUACUGCGUCUGGUGCUUGGGAAUGCCCAUGGGAAGGCUAUUACGACGAAAAAUAUGACACAUGCUUGGGAACUUUAUUCAGUGCAACUUGGAUGGAAAACUGGGAACAGCAGAUGAUCGAAGAAGCGUCUACUGAGGCCGUCACAAGAACGGUCUACAAAGCAUACGAAGACACCCGGACUGCUGUUUAUGAUAGUAACGUGAUGAUGUAUGGUGACUUUCGCGUAGGACUUGAUACACUAUCCUCGUUCAUAGGAUUCCCCAACAGCGAGAGUUCUGACAACAAAAAGAAAAACGUACUGAACCCGUUAAAAAUAAAUUCGAAAGUACGACAACAGGAUGUAGCCAAAUACGUUUCGGAACACCAUUUAUUAGGCACUGAAGACCCGAUCAAACGCAAAUCACUGAUAAAAGAAAUUGGCCAAAAAAAAGAUAUGAAACAAACUAUUGAUAAAAUAAUGAACGAAAUUUACAAAAAAGUUGUAAAAGAAAUGACAGGAGUUGCUGCGAAAAUCGGUACACUGGAGAAACCAGCUCAUCUGAAACUUAACAUGGAUAUGUUCCCGUGUUACAGAAGUAUAGUUAACCGCAUAUCCGAGAAAUGUUUUUCAGUUUUAAAGAAUGGAAAAGUAAAUAUAAUCAUGUUUGCUAACAUAUGCGUAGUCAAUGAGAAAGCACAUCAAUUGGUUAACAAGUUUAUCGAUGUAACCUGCUCAUCACAGUUAUGAGGAAUAACUAAUUAGAAAAUCAUUUUGUGAUUGUUUAAUACUUCAUUAAUUUUACAUUAAUUUUUUUUUAAAUUUUUUAGUCAUGUCUUCGUAUUUUACAAUAAAAAAAUUCUUAUAAUCCACAACCAAAUAUCACGCAUCUCUAACCAUGGCUAAACAAUUUUUUUUCUCAAAUGGUGCUCAAUGAAUAACGUUCUUCUGAUACAAAAAUAAAUCACUAGUUAAAACCUUCGAUCCUUUACAUUACAUAAUCUAUACAUUAGUUUAAACUUAAAAUUUUAAAUUCUAUGAAAAUUUGUCUAUACUUAUACCUUAAAUAAAUGAACCACUGACUGCGAAAAGGAAAA